GAAAUACAAAUAUGCCAUAGUGGUAAUUCUAACAUCCCCAACACUAAUGAUUCCAAUAAUCUAGCAUCAUCUAAUCGAAACCUAAACCUAAAUACAAUCACAGCAGAAACAAUACUUAUAACUAACACCACCUGA